AUGUUACCAUUUAUUAAAUUAACCGAGUUUCCAUUUGUGAUUUGUACAGUAUGCCGUUAUGCAUAUGUCACCAAGGAGGUCGAGCCGCAUUUAAAGAAGCAUCACAAAGGCAUCAAAGCAGCCGCUAGGAGAGAGAUCGCCCAGCAAGUCGAGGAUUUACCCGGCAUGAUUGAAGACCGAAGAGGGUUAUUAACGUGGCAAAAGCCACCGCCGACGACCGACCCGAUCCCACAUAUCCAACCGCCCGUAGCCGACAAUUUGGGUUGUAGUGAGGAAGGGUGUUUAUUUGUGGUUGGCACCCCGCGAGGUAUGCAGGAGCAUUACCGCAACGAGCACAGAUGGAGCAAUCCGCGAGGGAGAGGAAGGAGGAUAAUGCACCAGCCCAUAGACCCAAGCGAAGUGCCGUGGCGCACCGGCGUCCAAAGCCAGCGGUUUUUUAGCAACGGGCCGGGCAGCGGUUGGUUCGAGGUCGGUUUCAGAGCGCCGGCCACCCAAACGCCCGAUGAGGCCGCCAUGAUGGAGCGGGCGAUGCAUGCCAUGGAGCAGAAGCAACGCCAGUUCGAGCGAGAGGACAAAGAGUGCAUCAAAGCCGCCGAUGCAAAGAUAGACGCCAAUGUAUGGUUAGAGCGCGUAGGGUGGGCCGGCCAUUUGCAGGGUUUAGAUCCAGAAGCCAUGAGACAGUUGACGGACCCAGUUGGCGAGCAAGAGCACGUUUUACAGUUAAUCCACGACAGUUUAAUGCGCGUCAUGUUAAAGGCACGGAUGAUAGCCACACCCAGCACCGUCGGCAGCCAGGCAUUAUUCGAGGUGCAGCGAAAAGAGGUCAACAAGAAGCCGCGGCGGCCAUUUGAUAAUCGAGUCGAAGAAGAUACAUGGGCCCGGUACACGGCGGUAUGGUCCAAGUUGAUA